AUGGACCUCCACGACGACCGUCCCUUCACCUUGCAGCUCGUGGCCUUAGACGGCGAAGCGGUCGCCGUGACCGCGGCGCCCACUUCCACGGGGCGGCAGCUGCGGCAGCAGCUCCUGGCGCAGCUGGGGCCGCGGCCGGGGAGGCGGAUCGGAUGGAUGCAGCGAGGAGAGGAUGAGGUGGAGUUGACCAAGACGCUGAAGGAGCAAGGGAUUGGAGCCGAUGAGCUUGUGAGCUAUGUCUAUGUGCCUGCCAGUGUGCACGAUGGCUGGAAGCUCAUUCAAGGAUUUCGAGUGGAGGAUUAUGAGACUGCCUUAGAGGGCAUCACCGAACUGAAAGGCAUCGACAAUCUGCUUUACCUGCGAACACUUCCUUGCAGUCUGCAGAGCAUGACCUUUGGCAAUCCAUUUGACCAAGUGUUGCUGGCAGUUUCUUGGCCAAGCCAGCUUGAACAUCUCAAGUUCAGCUACCAUUUUGAUCAGCGUCUGGAACGAACCGUGUGGCCCAGUCGUUUGAAGACUCUCAUCUUCGGCUCAAAGUUCAACCAGCCAUUGCAAAGAGUGAAAUGGCCUGAAAGCCUGGAGCGGUUGACCUUCGGCGACAACUUCAACCAAAGCUUCGAAGGAGUUACUUUGCCACCCAAACUUCAGUCUUUGACCUUGGGUGGAGACUUUAACAAGAGCUUGGUGGGUGUAGAUUUGCCGAGCAGUUUGCAAACAUUGACGUUUGGCUGGCAUUUUGACCAGGGUUUGCGGGAGGUCACUUUACCCCAUGGCCUCCAAAGCCUUGCCUUCGGAAACAACUUCAACCAGAGUUUGCAAGGAGUUCUUUGGCCCGACAGCCUUGUGAGUGUGACUUUUGGGAAUAAGUUUGACCAGAGUUUAGAGGGCAUCACUUGGCCGAGCGGCUUGCAAAGCCUCACUUUUGCCAGUCAAUUUAACCAACGUUUGGAAGGAGUGACUUUCCCCAGCAACCUGAAGGAAUUGAUCUUUGGCAGCGAGUUCAACCAGAAUUUGCAUGUCUCAUUGCCAACAAGUCUCCAGAACUUGACGUUUGGUGAUAAGUUCCACCAGAGUAUGGAUCCACUAACUUGGCUGAGCAACCUCAAAAACCUCACCUUUGGACAUGGUUUCAAUGAAGAACUACAGCAGAUUCUCCUUCCGAGCCAGCUGCAGACUCUGAGAUUUGGAAAUGACUUCAAUCAAUCCUUGAAGGGAAUCCUCGGGACUUUGGAACAGCUGCAGAGUGUCACGUUCGGCAACAGCUUCAACCAAAGCUUGGAGGAUGUGAAGUUCCCUCCCAGUCUGCAGGUUCUGAUCUUUGGAAGUGAUUUUAACCAGACGUUGCUUGGAGUAGCUUGGCCCCAAAGCCUCAAACGUUUGACCUUCGGAGUUCACUACAACCAGACCUUGGAAGGAGUGGCUUUGCCGGAAACUCUCGAGACCUUGACAUUUGGUGUCGAGUUCAACAGGAGUCUGGAUGCGGUGGAUUUGCCCAAGAGCUUGCAGACUUUAACUUUGGGUUGGCAUUUUGACCAGAGCUUGCAGGAUGUGAUCUUGCCCAGUGGCCUUCAGAGUCUUUCCUUUGUUUGCAGCCGCAUUCACAAUUUGAGAGACCUCACUCUACCCAGCGGGUUGCAAAUCCUGAAGUUUGGGUUCUGGUUCAAUCAGAGCUUGGAAGGCCUGGUCUUCCCCUGCAAUCUUAAGACAUUGAUUUUCGGCCGUGAGUUCAACCAGAGCUUGGACCAUGUGACUUUACCCAACAGUCUUCAGACCUUGACCUUCGGUGACAAAUUUAAUCAAAACUUGGACGAAGUGACUUGGCCCAUUGAUCUGGAAACCCUGACCUUUGGAUGCCAUUUUCAGCAAAGUCUGGAGAAGGUGACCUUUCCGAGCAACUUGGAGAGCCUGACCUUCGGCCACGAGAUGCGACGACGCUUGGUCAUGGCCAAGUUACCCAGCCGACUCGAGAUGUUGACGGUGGGCCGCUCCUUGACCUCGACCAGGGGAGUCGUACCAGACGGGACCCUGCUGGUGACCAAGGGCACCGUCGAUCCCUUCAACGCGAAGGUCGUCCGCUGCUCCAUGGGCGCCGCGGUGCGCGGAGCGGUGCACGUCCGGGAGGUGGCGCAGCCGGAGCUCGCCUCGUUGCUGGCGGAGCACCGGGUCUUUGUCACUGAGCUCAGGGACCGAGGGACUGGGGAGGACGCGCUGCCCUCUUGGAGCUUGGGGGGAACAUUUGACCGGUCAAGAUGCCUUCGUGUCGCUUGGCCGUCGUUGGAAGUGGCUGGAAAAGGGAUGAGGUUCGGCAACGAGGCCCGGGGCGUGAGCCCAGAGGUCGCCCAGCUGGCGCAGCGGACGCUCGGAGUGAGCACCGGGCGUUUGUGCAUCCCCAUGUCGCCCAGCGUGGAUUCCCUCAACGUGGGCAUCUCCGUGGGCAUCGUCCUCCACGAGGCCGCACGGCCAAACGCUCACAGCGUCAGCGCUGCAUCGGAUGGUUCGGCCGGAAAAAAACAGGCGAGCGCUCGCUGCUUGGUGAAGGCCUGUGCUGGGUAUAGGACGCGGGGUGGGCCCUUCCGGCUGAAGACACCGCAAUCUGAAGCAAACGCUGGUGGUGAGGCGGGGUUCUUCGGCCUUUUCGGCCUGGUUCGACCGGUUCGCAGGAUCUCCACCUCGCUUGCCUCGCGGAGGCGCUUAUUUUCGAAGGUCACCGAGAUGGAUCGCAUCAAGGCGGAAGCGCGGACGCCCUCGAUCCUCUCCUGUUCUCGCCGCACCGAUGUGCCAUGGGCCUUUUUGCGGCAGUACUUGAAGGCCUUUCGAGAAGGAUUCCUCUACGUGCGCAGCCCUGUGACCGGCGACAUGGACCCCGUGUGUUUGAAGCCCUACGAUGCCAGCACGGGGCGUGGUGUGAUGUGCAUCAGCUGGUGGUCCAAGAACUACUGCAAGUGGAUCGAAGAGUUCAAAAAGCAGGACAGCAUUCUGCACAGCUAUCCGGUGCAUAUGUUCAAUUUCACCGUGAACUCGGAUGACAAAGUCUUGGAGCCGGGAGUGUUCCCGCCACUGCAGGAGCGCUUAGGACAGGUGACCUGGCUGGCGUCCACCUUCGGCGCCCACGCGUUGAACGUGCGCUUCGAUCCCAUCGUCCACUACCGGAUGAAGGGCCAGACGGCGGUGCGCAAUAACCUGGGCGACUUCGAAGAGAUCGUGAAGCAUUUGGGCCUCCUAGGACUGGGAGCUCAGUGGGAGAGCACGGUGUGCGGCUGCGAGCGGCGCACGUUGCGGCGCGCCCUUGGAGCGAGCGGUGUGCGCGAGCGGUUUUCGCAAGCGGCUGCGCACACGGACGUCGGAGCGGUCCGAAACAUGCUCUCCGCUGGCGUGGAAUUGGUGGCCCUCUCCGAGGAGCAGCAACGAGCAGUGUUGGAUCAGCUGCUGCCCUUGGCGCACCGCUACGCCGUGGAGAUGCGCUGCUGCUGCGACGACACGCUCUUCGGCCACCGGACGCCGGUGGAAGCCAAGGUCGAGGUUCGCAAGGUUCGCCGCUGGGGCGUUGGCAAGGACCGUUCGCCUCGCCGGAUGGGUGUUCGCCGCCGGGAGAUGGGUGAACUUAGGCAAGCAAUCGUACGAAAGAAGGACUUCUUGUGUGUGAAAGAGUCUCGAUGUCUGGACGCCCGCCUGGCCGACCGCCUGGCGAAGGAGAAGGGCCUUUCAAUCACCUUUCCACAUCAGAAGGAUCGAGGGCAGCGAGAGAUGUGCAACUGCACGGCCUCCAGGGAGAUUGGACAAUAUGAGCUGCUUGGUAAUCAGAGGCCUUGGGGGUGGCCAUGGGGCUCAACUUGGAGCCCAUGGCGUGCAGAGAAAGCAAUAAACACCAUGAAGUACGUACUUACCAGGACCUUCCCAGUGACCGUCCUUGACAUCCCGGGACCUCGCUGCACUCUUGCAAAGGCCACGUGUUUUUGCCACAUUCCUGAAGUCACUUACCUCGAAGCCCCAGUCCCCCAGAACUUCCGUCCAAUGACUCCAGUUUUGAGAUCCCCAGUCUGGGACCACUACCAGGCCAGGGGGUGA